AUGGACUGCUCCCCGGUGUCCUUCCCCAGCUUGUCUCUACAGCCCGACGAGGCCCAAUGCACUGACAUCCGUCCGCCGCUCCCCCCGCGCAUCCACUCUACACCAUCUCUCCCUAGUCUCUGGCAUGUGUCACUCCCUCUUCAAUCCAUUUGCACCAGUCUAAACGUUCCGCCAACUUUUGACAGGGAGCAGGCUCAUGCAUCGGCACCAUCUAGCUUGGCACAUCGUUUUCAAGCGCGCUACCGCCCCCAAUUACGUCCCCUCGAUCUCGCUGCUAGCCCAGAGACAACCCCUCCGAGGGCCAAGCUCGCCUCUUCAGGCCAGCGCAGCGCCUCUGGCUCUCCUUGCCGCCAGCCAUCGCUACUGACUCCACCACUGACACCCUCUUCGUCAUUCAACUCGGCUACUCACGAUGGGCCGUCCACCCCUUCCGAAGUACAUUCGUCUCUGCGCUGGAUGCAUGUUGCCGACGGGAUAGGCUUUCCCGGUUCACCAGCUCUAACUGACUCUCCCACGGCCCUGAAAGGACAUCAGCCUCUACCCCAAGGUGGAUACCUUACCCCAUCCAGCGCGAGGUCUCAGUCUAUUUCCUCUGAUACUGAUUCCGGAUAUGCCACCUCGCCAGCGGGAAGUGUUCUUGAUCCCGUCUCAGCGCUCGUAAAGAACAUCAGCAGUGUCGACAUCACACCUCGCGACGAAGACGCAAAUUUGGGAUCACAGGGCUUGCCUUUCGAUGAUCUUAAUACCAUUUCUGGAUUGUAUCCCGGAGGAGACCAGAGCGAUAGCAAUGCUAGUCAUUUCCUUCUGAUUCAAAAUGUCCCUGUAGACACGCCCGGGGCAAAGCUCAAAGCCAUUUUCGCUCCGAUGGGCGACAUCAAAGGCAUCUGGGUGCGGUUUCAGUCAUCUCAUCGGAUCGUGAUCCUUGCUUUCUAUAACGUGCGGCAUGCCAUUCGCGCGAAGAGGCAAAUUGCUGGACAAGUUCUUCGGGGACUCGAUGAUGUGCGUCUUGACGCAGGAUUCGUAAACGCUGAGCGACUAGAAAUGAUCGCGGGAAAAUCUAACUUCAUAGAUGAGACGGAUGGAAAGGUGACCGUAUCUGUCGGAGACCGUCGCUUUGAAUCGGCGAACUUGCAGAAGUUACUCUCUUCAUUUGGCGACCUGAUGACAUUCGGCGCUGAUACUCAUGAGUCUAUGUUUCAUGCGGAGUAUUAUGACGUUCGUGAUGCUGAGAACGCGUACAGGACGCUCAAUGGACGUAACUUUAUGGGAUGUCUGCUGCGUCUCUUCAUUAAGAACGAUGCCCCAUCACAACGGACACCCUCGCACUCGGAUGACCCGUUUCACAGUACGGGCGGUGCCAGGUCAGCUGAAUAUCAAGUGUCGGACCAUCUCACCGAGAACCCCAAUCCUGACCAGCAAGAACAAUCCGAGAGGGACACGCGUUGCAUGGAAGGCCGUAUUCGCCCCCGCAGUGUAAGCGCCAGCGAGAAUAUGGGUGCUCCAGAUGCCGUUCGAAGAGCGUGCCGAGGAAGAGAGUCGCCGCUGGAGCACAGUAGACGCAGCUCGAAUGAUCUAUUCUUCGACGCCGUCCGCAAGACCUCAUCCACUCCUCAGACUCCGUCUCGACCAAGGAGUAUUAGUAUCGGACCUGAUGAGUUAGCCGGAACAGCAAGAUUGCAGCGUCCAGAAUUUAUACCAGCGCCUGCAUACCCGCAUUCAUACGUCGAUUCGUCGUCCUUGUAUGUGCCUCCAGAGUACACGUAUGUGCACCAGACACCAUACUCUGCAAUGCCUGGUGCAUAUGCCAACACCGCCGUUGAUGCCGGCGCCAACAGCCAGUGGACUUUCGCCGCUCCACCAGUCCCGACCAUCGAGUACUGUCUUCCUCCAUCGCCUCGUACGAUGUAUCAUCUUUCCGCUCAGAAGAAGCCUUCCCACUCUGAAUAUCAGCGCCAAAGCUCUAGUCCUACCGACACCGACGAGUAUGAUCAAACAUACACUACUGCACCCCGCGUGUGUGUGCGUCGCCCUUCUACGUCGCAAGAGGCCUCGUUCGAUGGCGCUGAGAGACGUCUUCAUGCGAAUCCUGGCGGCACACCCCAUGUCAUCAGCGAGAAGAAUCAGCUAAACGUAGAGGCUAUCGAGCAAGGAAAUGACAUGCGCACAACGGUAAUGAUCAAAAACAUUCCGAACAAGAUGAGUGACAGGGACCUGCUCGCAUUCAUCGGGAAAGAUGGACUUCCAGAACGGCGAGUGACCUCCGAUGUUGUAUGCUGCAAUGUUGGCUAUGCUUUCGUUAACUUUAUCACAGUGGGAGAUCUCUUGCAAUUUGCUAAGACCCAGCUUGGUGUGAAAUGGAAUAUGUAUUCUAGCGAGAAGGUCUUGCAGAUGUGUUACGCCACUUAUCAAGGAAAGGAGGCGCUCGUCGAGAAAUUCAAGAACUCAUGUAUUAUGGAUGAGCGCGAAGCUUGGCGGCCGAAGAUAUUCUUUUCCGACGGCAGUAACCAAGGUCUUCCUGAGCCGUUCCCGCCACCUACCCAUCUGCGGAGGAAGGAGCGCAGCUCUCAUAACCGGGGAGCUUUGUUUGUCCCAGGUGCUCAUUAUCAGCAACGACACGACGGCAGUACUCUAUAUCACCAUCGCCCCAGUCCUCCUCGCAUGUCUGGCCGUAAUGUCAGGAGCGAUUGCAAGUGA